AACUCUCAUUAUUUCCUCCCAUUUUGGCAUUCCCUUUUGUUCUCCGGUCGAUUUCUCAUAGAGGGAGGGCGGGAUAGUACAUAAACGCGUUCACGGCACGCUCCUUUGGCUCUCAUGAAGCCUAGACAGCAAACGUCGACUCUGGCGGUGCUCAAGCGCCUCCCUGCGCCGGUAGCACUCGCCAUUGGCGUCCUCUUUGGUAUCCUCUUUGCGCGGGUGAUCCCCUGGACAAGCCCAUACGCGUCGGUCUCACGGACGCUCCCCACCAAAGCACACCAUCAUGCUCGCCAGCCAGUCCAGCUCCCCUCCCUCGAUCAGCGGAAACGCGUGCUCGAGCUCCUCACUACCCUUUCCCCCCACUACACGAAGGAGUGCACGAAGACGGACCGCGUGCAGCCGCUCUAUGCGGAGCAAGUCUCCGAGCGAUACCAGCCCCUUGUCGGUCAUGACUCCCCGGUGGGAGGGAACUCCUGGUUCCCCUCCUUUGGCAUCGGCGGCGGCCAGGACGACCCCGCGGAGUACCUGAUGCGCACGAGCUCGGAGCACAAGUACUUCUUCGCCAUCAACCUCUACAACUCGUUCGACGUCAUCCCGGACCUCUUCGCGACGCUCUUCCGCGUCUCCGCCAUCCUCGGGUACCAGAACGUGUUCGUGUCCAUCUACGAGAACGGCUCGACGGACCAGACGAAGGCGCUGCUCCGCAUCUUCGACGCGCUCACGCGCUCCGUCGGCAUGCGCAUCGUCAUCCGCACGUCGAUGCGCACGCGCGGCGCGUUCAACCACCGCAUCGAGUACCUCGCCGAGGUGCGCAACGCCGCGUUCGGCCCGCUGCACGAGCUGCGCGACGCGGAGAACGAGUACUUUGACACGAUCAUCUUCAUGAACGACAUCCUCCCCUGCGUCGACGACCUCCUCGAGCUCAUCUGGCAGAGCCGGCGGAACAACGCAGGCAUCACGUGCGCCGCGGACUACAUGUACCACCAGGAGAUGGCCUCGCCGGUGUUCUACGACAACUGGGUCGCGCGCGACAUUAACGGCACCGCGCUCGAGAAUGCGCCCUUUGAGAACAUCUUUCACCACCCGGAUAGCUCGCAGCGCUUCCAGCGUCACCUGCCCAUCCAGGUGCAGAGCUGCUGGAACGGUAUCGCCGUCCUCGACCCCGCGCCGUUCUACUCGCCGCCGCACGUCAAGUUCCGCAUGGCGCGCAUUACCGAGGGCGAGUGCUCUGCCUCCGAGUGCAGUCUCAUCUGCAACGACUACUGGAACGCGGGCUAUGGGCGCAUUAUGAUGGUCCCGCGCGUGAAGCUCGCGUACGAUCGGCGCGUCUUCGACAUCAUCCACCCCGACCGGCGGAACUUGACCGCUAUCCGCGGCUACAAGCGCCUUGGCGGUCUGCCAGAUAACCCCAGGACCGACCCGCAGGACCGCUCGUGGUUCGGGCCGCACGACCGCCUCUUCACGGAAGAAGAGAGCGAGCCGCUGAACUUCGUGCCGGGUCCUGAGUAUGUCUGGUGCUGGGGCUGGGACGGUGCUGGCGACCUCGACGGCCCGGAUGUCGACCCAAUCUGGGAGCGGAUGGACAACAGGAGUAUCCAGCCCUCCGCGGUGGAAGUACGGCACGACCGUAUGUGGUAGGCCUGCUCUGCGGGCGUCAGGCCUUGGGUCUGCGCUGCAGGGUAUCGGAGAUGGAUCAGCGGCGCCGUGUGCCAUGGGGCUCAAGACCUUCACGGAGGGAGAGGUGGGGGCGGCACGGGCGAGGGGAAUGGUAGGGUGGUAGGUUAUGACGGACGCAAUACUUUUGUGUAUAGGCGCAGUCAUACCUUCGGCCUCUCGCCUCUGCCCACUCCCGCAUGCUUCGUGUCUGACCUAGACGGGUUGGGGGCAGCCGUCCUCUACGCUACGUCCGACACCGCAAUUCGCAUUACUUUGAUACUUGGGCCGUGCUGCAUCUCGUCCUGCACUUGCUUUUGGGUGUUAGCUGUUAGUAUACUCUACAUACGGUCGCGUACUUAUUGGAUGGUCCUGUAUAGCUAUAUCGGUCGACCUAGAAAUGGCAUCACGGGGUGGUGUAUUC